AUAGGCUUUGAGGCUUGAAGAGUUUGGUGUAACUGGAUCAGAUGCUGAAAAUGUAUGUUAUCUACAUGACGUGGCCGAUUCAACUAGGCUUGUGGAUGUGAUGCAAACCCGUAUUGGUGAAAAUGCGGUGGUCAUUGGUGGUGGCUACAAAACUGUUUAUGCAAAAAAAGUUCAUCAAAUGUGCUGAUAAUUAUGAGAAGAUCUUCUCGUACAUGAAGCCUAACAGCAUACUUGGACUUCCCCAUGGUUUUCUUCUUGGCCAUUUGCAAUCAAUUGGUCUUGAUUUCCCUAAGAAUGUCAGUGUCGUUGUUGUAUGUCCCAAAGGAAUGGGUCCAUCAGUUAGGAGGCUGUAUGUCCAAGGAAAGGAGAUCAAUGGAGCCGGUAUCAAUGCAAGUUUUGCUGUUCACCAGGAUGUUGAUGGUAGAGCCACUGAUGUUGCUCUUGGGUGGUCAGUUGCUCUUGGUUCACCAUUCACAUUUGCAACUACACUAGAGCAGGAGUACAAGAGUGAUAUAUUUGGGGAGAGAGUUACCGAGGUGCUUAUUAUCAAAAGUGUGACACACAGAGACUUCAACAAGAUGAUUGAUGUAAGUAGUGUUAUGCAGAUAUACUAA